AUGACCUUCAUCUCAACCGGCAUGCCAUACAAGUCGGACGCGGGGCCGCUUCCCGCUGUUGCCGAGGACGAUGGAGCCGCCGCCGCGCUCUUCGUCGGCAUUGAGGCCGUCUUGUUGGCAGCCGCCGACGAUGGCCCACGCGCUUCGUCUGCGAUCCCGAGCGUAUGCUCGGGCCCCGACCCCGACCCGCGUGCGCUCCUGCUGGCUGAAAGCGGACCCGGGUGCUUCUUCUCGGCUUGCUUGAACAUCCAGUUCUUGGAUGACUUUGAACACGGAGCGGGCAUCGUGAGCGCCAUCUGA